GCUGCUGCUCCCGGACUCAACGUGCCCAGCGCUCCCUUCAAGCCCUUCGUCAAGCUCACCAACCCCAAGAAAGAGGCCGCCUCGCCCGCUCCCUCGACACACUCGCUGCUGCUGCACUCGACAUCACAUGCCCGUCUGGACUUUACCGCCCAACAGCAAUCCAACCAAGACCUGUCCCACUACGUCGCCGUCUACGACCCUCAAUCCUCUUCUCUCCAAGUCCUCCCUGCACAUGCCGUCACUCUCCGCACAACCCUCCGCGCAGAAGCACAAGAAGUCGCCGCUCAGAAUGCCGUCCGCACCUUUGCCCAACAACGUGAGGAUCUAGGCCAGGCAUUCGGUACAAAGAAGGCCAAGAAGGCUCUUGCCUCCAAGGUCGAAAACGCCAUCACCUCCAAUGCCGACAGGAACCGCGUCGGAGGCAAGCUCGAUAACGUCGAAGCUGCCGUCAUGGACAGCGUCAAGGAGGCCUCAGAUGCCAUGCCCGCCAAGCAGACUCAGCAAGAGGAGAUUCUCGCAAACAAGCCCAUUCCCAAGCCCAACCUCAGCGCCACCGAGGUCGAGAACGUCUACCCUAUCGGCAUGCUCAUUCCUGCAGCAGACAUGCGCAACUUGACAGUCAAGGAAUGGCAGGACAGCAAUGGCGAGGAUCUCAAGUUCUCUUCGCGUUAUGUCGCCAAUCGUGUCUCCGCAAUCGCCGUUCGUGAUGACGUUCAGAGACUCAAGGCCCUCAAAUACCUCAUGCUUCUGAUCGACUUCAACCUCGCCCUCAAACCAGCAGGAAAGGCGGGUAAGAAGGUACCACAGAAGGAUCAAUUACGAAGCAAGCUCCAGGACUGGCCAGAGACCUUGAUCGAGAGUGUCAGGAGGAGAUACUCAGACAACAACGAACUCAACAAGUGGCACAUGGACAACCUGAUUACACACAUGGCCGCCAUUGCGCUGUUCAUUGAUGGUUACAAGCUCGACACGCACGAUCUGCGUGAAGACUUGCGUUUGGAGAACAAGCAAAUGUCACAAUAUUUCAUGGAGCUCGGCUGCAAGGUCAACAACCCCACCGAGAGGGAGCAAGCAGAUUUCAAGAUCCCCAACAAGGCUGUUGCUGCACAACGCAGGGUCGCCAAGUUGAAGAUUCCCCUCGACUUCCCCAAGGUCAGAAUGAUGGCUCGCAGAAGAUGA